AUGAUCUAUAUAAAAUUAUUUUUGAUAUUUUUGAAAUUGACCAAAUACUUUCACUUCAAUAUAUCCAAAUAUUUAAAAAAAUAAAAUUAUUAAAAUUUACAAAAAUGUCAACCUCUAAAUUAAUAUAUUCAUCACCAGGACCAAAAACUUAAUCCACAAUAUCCCUUGGAGGUGAUAAAGAUAGAGCACUUUCUCCUUGUAGAGCUAAGAUUUCUUAAUUAUCAGAAAAACAAUCUAAUCUCCAAAAUUCAAUUGAUGAGGAUUAGGCAAUAUAGAAUCUAUAAUGCUGAAUAGUUUAAAAAAGAUACUUUCGAAUAAAUGGUUAAGGUUUUUGUAGACAAAGCAAUAAAAAAGCAAUAAGGAGAUGAAUCAAAGUUUAAGCUAUUAAAAGAAUAAUUAUAAAAUGUAGAGGAAGGAGCUUAAAGAGAUAAAAUUAUAAGAAAAGUAAGACAAAAAUUGAAUUAUCUAAUAGAGUGGAGAUGAAAAAUUAAGAACCAAAUAUUUAAAAGGGUUAGAAUUAGUUUUAGGAUAAUAAUUAUAGUUGUAAAAAGUAAAUAGAAAAGAUUAUGAAUAAAAAAUAACAAAAACCACAGAUGAUAGAGUUUCCAGUCUAUGACUAGAUUUAGCCAGAUAAAAAAGUAUAGAAAAGAAACAGAAGAAAAAAUGCUUAAGAAAUUGAGGAUAGAAUUUUAUAACAAUAAGAAGAAAGAAGAUUAAGGUUUUAUUUGUAUAACUUAUAGGGAAUAGGAAAUUAAUAAAUUAUUAAAAGAUUGAGAGAUUCAAUCUUGAAAUUAUAAGAAAUAUUAACAAUAAUAAGCUUAGAUGGUUAUAUGAAAUAAAUUCUUAUUUGAAUGGAGAAUUGAAUUCUGAAAAAAUGAAAGAAAUGCUCCAGAAAAUAGUAUUAUUAAUCUUAUUGAUUAAACUUGUAAUAGGGUUGAAUAUCCCUUAAGAAAAUGAACUAUUAACAAAUUAUGUAUAAAAAAAAGAAUUUGUUUCUUUUAACAAUUAUUAAAAAUAUGUCUCAAAUGGAAGAAGAAUAUUGUAACUUUGAGGAUGAGAUGGCAUAAGUUAGUAGUAGCAGAUCUCCAAAGUCAAAGAAAAUAAAAAAAAGUGAUUCUCUUUCCCCAAGAAAAAAUAUUGGUCAUUGGACGAAGGAAGAGCAUGACAAAUAUUUAUAGUUUUUAGAAGAUCAUGCUCAUUUAAAGAAAAAUAAUAAAAUCUUCAAACCAAUGUCAGAAAUCAUUGGAACUCGCUCUCCUAGUUAAUGCAGGUUAAUCAUUGAAUUUAUUUUAGAUCUCACCAUCAAAAAUUUAAUCCUUUAUCACCCUAAGUUUAAAGAAAAUCUGUUAAAUUGAUUAAAAUAAACUAAGAAACAAAAGUACAAGCAUAAUUAUAGGAGGAAACUAAUGAAACCUUAGAAGAUGAAAAAUAAAUAAAAAAUAAUGUACGAUUAGUAUUCUAUGAUGAUGAAUUAGCUUAAGAUGAUAAUGAAUUUAAUUUAGAUGACAUUAUCUGA